AUAAAUGAUCCUAAAAAUAAAUAUCAAAAUGUCCUAAGAUGUCAACACAUGGAAAGAAAAAUAGAACCGCAACUUGGACUCAAAAGAAACACACAACAUAACUUGUGGUUUUCAAUUCAAACGAAAAAUAGAGACAAACAAUCAAAAAAUUCUGGCUAAACCUUGCUUGCCCCACAAAAAUUCUUUGUUAUUAUCAACUUUUUUUCUACCAAUCAUUAUCAUCAUCGAUUCAAUCACCACCCUUCGAAUCCAAGAUAUGGCAGGCAACACUUGCCAUACAGAAUAUAGAACAUCAAAAUUCAUCGUUGAUGUGGGUUUUACAAAGUUUGUUCCUCUUAUUGGUGAGUUGUAGAAGCAAGCUUGCAUUUUGAGCAUUCAUAUGGAUUGAAAUUUGAAAUUAUAGUUAUAUGGGUUUAUAGGAGUUUAAUUAUUGGGGUUUUUUCUUGAAGGGUGUGUUUUGAACUGUUAUUUCUAUAGACAUUAUUUAAAGAAGUGCUAGAUUGAUUUACAAGAUGGAAAUGAUGAAAGUUUGUAUAUGGUGAAGUUGAAGAUUCGUUUUUGAAAAUUUGGAAGAAAUGGGGUUGCCACAGGUAUCUUCAGCCUACCUUGCUGAGGAGGUGGCAACUUCAUUAGGCACAUUUGUGCAAAAUGCACCUAGAAUUGCCACUCAUAUGGCUAACCCUGAAGAAAAUAAUGUUUUGGAGCUUUCAAAAGAAUCGCCUAUUUCAAAUAUGAGUGAUAAAGAUGGUAAAUUCAAGAUACAAAAGUUGAAGGUUGACGCCGAGGAACAAAUUGAUAGGUUAUCUGUCAAUGCUGAACAAAUUAUGCAGACACCUACUUCUAGAGCUGUUGGUUUUCAAGUAAGGGCAUCAGCUUCUCGUGUUAAUCAUUUUGGCGGAGUUGGAUAUUCGCCCACGGAAGUAUCCGAGUCUCAUGUCAAAAAGCGACUUUUCUCAACUUUGAAUGUGACAGAAGCAAUGUUUAGACCUCAAGGAAAGACGUCAUCCCCUCGCUUUCCUUUAUCUCCCUUGGGUAGAAAGUCUUGCACAAAUGAAAAAAUGGGAGAAUGCCGAGAUUUUGAUACUAUGUUGAGCAAUGCCAAUCUGCUAACUGCUGAUAAUAGCAUUGAUAUGAACGAGUAUUGGACUUAUCCUGCUAGCUUUCCUCGUCAGCAUGGAAAGUUACGUAGACCGAUGAAGAGGCUUCCAAUUAGAAGGUCGCUAGUUGGUUCGUUCGAGGAGUCGUUAUUAUCUGGUCGUUUACUGUCUGAGAAAGUUAGUCAGAAAAUUGAAGGCUUUCUUGCUAUGCUGAAUGUAACCGGAGGAAAUUUCUCGCCUCAAUCGCGAAAAAUUCCAUUUGCAGUAACGAGUGUAGAUGGAGACAAAUACCUAUUAUAUUAUUCUUCUAUUAAUCUGUCGGGAAAGUUAUUAUCAAGCAAGUCUAGAGUAACUAAAUGUCAGAGAACCUUAAGCAUGGAUGAAUCGCGAUAUGAAAAGAGACGCAUACGAAUCCCUAUAAAAGGGAGAAUUCAACUGGUUCUCAGCAAUCCAGAGAGAACACCGAUUCACACCUUCUUCUGCAAUUAUGAUUUAAGCGACAUGCCAGCCGAUACCAAGACAUUCUUGCGGCAAAAGAUCACUUUAGCCUCGUCUAGGUCGAUGUCUACGACUGGAAAAGAAAUUCAAACAGAUUCUGAUACUGAUACCAAGUCCUCAAGCAGACGCCUUGUUGAUGAAGACACAUUUCUUAACGGUUCUACAAAGAUUAACGACAAUUCUAUUAACAAUUGCGUGUUGCUUUAUGCUCUUCAUCUUCGCUUUAUGUGCACCUUGCCUAAGAAACGUACGAGAUCUGUUCCUACACGCAAAUCCGACCCUGUUUCUUCAGAAGCAAGAAAACUUGUAGACAACGAAGACGAAAGAAGUUUCUACUUGUAUGAUGAUAUGAGAGUCGUGUUUCCUCAGCGUCACUCAGAUUCUGAUGAGGGCAAGUUGCAUGUGGAAUAUCAUUUCCCAUCUAAUCCAAAAUACUUUGACAUCAGCAGCUAAAAUGUCAAUGGAUCUCUCUAUCAAUGGUUUUUGUACAUAUAAUUGUAAAUAUUGUAUGAAUAUAAUUCAUUUUUCUUUGAAAUUUUGGGGCCAACUGCCUCUAUUUUAAUUUAUAAUUUGUACAUUACUUAGUCGUAAGCGUCUGUUUGGGAUGGCGUUUGCAGCCAAAAUACCUCGUCUUUAACGUGGAAAUUCAGAAGCUAGCAAUUGCAGCUUCAGCCAGACGUGCGUAUUUUGGUUUUCAAAAGUUAAAGCAAACAUACGUGCGGUCCGAAUUCGAAUUCUAGUUGAAACAAUUUUUGGUCAAA